AUGUCCAACGAACUCAGCGAACUGAUCGCCCUUGGGUGUCCGGAUCUCAGGGCCCAGAAACCGGAGGGCGGAAGCACCCAGGUGGAGUUGAUACUCAACACGGAACGUCGCCUGAGCAUCAAGCAGAUGACGGCCACCGAUUUGGCCACUCUAAGGGCAACGGCUGCCGCGGAAGCUGAGGCCAGAUCUCGAGCCCAGGCGGAGGCGGAAGCCAGGGCCAUUGCCCAGGAGCAGUUGCGACAGGCACGCGAGGCCGAGUCGAAGGCCAGAGCACGUGCUGCCCUCGAGGUGCAGGCCCAAUUGCAGCGGGUGAUGGAGAGUGAGAAGCGCAGGAAGAAGGAGGAAGAGGAGGCGGAGCAGGCCAGAGUUCAAGGGGAGGCAGAUGAGGAGGAGGAGGAGGAAGACGACGAGGAGGAAGAGGAGCAGCUAGCCAAAGGUUCCCUGCCCAGCAAUUCAGGACCCAGGGAACGCAUUGCCUCGCUGCCCACUGACAUAGACGAUGCCAUGGAGCAGCACCUGCUCAAGGUCUCUUCAAGGGAAGAUUCGCCGCCCCAGAAGAGCACCUCCCACCUGGUCGACUCCAUUGAGCUGCUGCGCAUGCAGCGAGCCGCCCGCGAUGCCCGUUCCCACAAUCGCACCCGCGAGCGUUCCAUUUCGCCCGAUCGAAAUCAUGAGAGGAGCGCUGCUCCCGAUCGCCUCCAGAGUUCCGCGAGCAUGAGCAGCUUGGACUCGGCCAGCCGCCAGCCAGAAAGUCGACGUGGAAGUACCUCUAGUGCCACAGGAAUGGAAGCAGCACCACCUGUGGGUGCACCUCCUCAAGGCAGCAAAUUUCCUCUGACCAAAACGGUAUCAGCUCCAAAUGUGAUGAACCGACGAAGGAGCAGCCUAACCUCCAUGUUCCCUGGACCCUCGCCUUUGGUGGCACCCGAACCAUCGCUGCACACCAAUCCCGAUCCCAAAGUGCAAGAGCAACUGGAAGAGGAUCAACUUCGUCGGCGGAGAUUAGAUGAGUAUCGUGAAAUACCCAGCGGAAAGAUGGUGCACCGCACCAAGACACCUCCCCCGGUGGGCACGAAUCUGGGAGUAAGCCUUAAAAGGGUCACCGCACCCAGUGGAUCCAUAACCAUCAAGCCCAAGGAGUCACCCAUGCUGGGAGUGGUGCUCCGUCGGGUGGAGAAGAAAACAGUGCCGCAGAAGAGCAUUCUAGACGACGAUAAACCACUUUACCACUUCUCCAUUGUGCGCAGCGAUCACAAGGAACAUGUGCCCGCCCAGAAACCGAAGCCCAAGCCUGCUCCUCCAAAGCCAAGUCCCGGUGGAAUCCUCACGGGACCCCAAGUAAUCCGAAACGCACCAAAGCAAGCGGUGCCCGUUAAGCCGCAGCGUCCCAUGCCCGGCGUUCCCAUCACCAUUACCAAGAUCGAGGGCGACAAGAUCAUCAUCAUUAAGAAGAUCAUUGUGCCGAAGAACAGUAAGAUACCGGAGCAGUAUCUCCAGAUGAGUGAAGAUGCCGGCAAGCCCGCAAUUACAGUGCCCCCAGCAGCGGUUUCCUCCACCGCCGCCGUCGCCUCCCAGUCACCAAGUCGCCUGAGAGCCAAAGAGGAGACCCAAUCCCAACCAGCAAUGCCGCCGCCCACUUCGAGUAGUGGAGGUCAGCAGUUCUUCCAGGUGGUCUCGCCGCAGUUCGCCUCGGUGCUCUCGUCAAGCAUCCCGGAGAGCAAGUGCGCUCAAGUGCGUUCACCGAUCUCCUCGCCUUUGGCCAUCCGAAAGAGUCGACCACCUCUGCUACCGGCGAGUCCAAAGUCCACACCUCCGCUACCCAGGAAGCAUCAUCCGCUGGCCUACAAUGCGGCCACGGGAACGAUCAGCAGUUCCCGUUUAAUGGCCACCAUUGCCUCGAGUCCGGCCUCGAGUAUAUCGCUCUCCUCGUGCAGCUCACCCUCGUCAUCGCCACCACCCCCGGUGCCAUGUCGUGCUCCCAAGAAGGCUCCUCCUGCUCCCGCUCCCGAAAUCAGUCUGGAUAAGCUCCUCCAACAGCAACAGGAGCUGGAGGAGAAGUCGGCGGCGGCCACGAAUAGCGCCAAAUUGGAUGCGAAUUUCUACGAUGCCGAGAUCGAGAUGAUGAACAAGUAUCUGAAGAGCCUGCCCGACUACAGCGAGCUGGACAGGAAGCUGCACCAGGAGUUCCAGGAGUGUGAGGAUCUCUACGACAGGAUCAAGCGGCAGCAGCAGCCGCUGGCCAAGUCCAAUUCACAGCAGUCGGUGGGGAAGGUAACGCCAGGUCUAGCCAAAUCCUCCUCCAUUAACUUUGCCCAGAAUCGAGGAGCUGCACCGGCACCGGCUGCACCUCGCCUAGCCUAUCCCUCGAUAUUUUCACAGUCCAAUGGCGGAGAACCCAAGUUGCAGCGUAGUAUUUCCAGUUCGAAUAUGCCGCUUAGUACGCCGACCACUCCAAUGCGUCCUUUGCCAGCGAAAAAUGGUCUACAAAGUGGUUCUAAUCUGUCGUUGAAUAAACAAUUAAUGAAUGAAUUCUGGAGUGAGAAUCUAACGAGCAACCAGAAACGGCAGACACCCAAGCGAACCUUUUGGAACUACGAAAAGAUCUGUGGAGCUCAGCUGGGAGAUGCCGGGCAGCCUUUUAAGGUAGACGCCAAGACGGCCAAGAAGCUGGCUAUAUUUGAUCCCACGGUGGCAGAGGCGGCACAGAAGGAGCUACAGCGACCCCAGCAAUCGCAUCCUCAACCCCACAAACUCCAGAAGAAUGCCUCGCUUUCCCAUUUGGACUUAAAAGUCCGUCAGGCUGUCACCAAAGAUGAUCUCUACAAGCUGAUCUGCAAUGAGCCAUCUCCGUCUGCAAAUGGUGCGAAUUUUGUUAGCAGAGUGCCGGUGAAACAGCAGCAGCAAACCACACAACAGCAACCUGUGCUACCGAAGAGCAUGUCCAUGACUCAUGUGCCGGGUGUUGGAGUGGGAGCAGCUCCUCUGCUCCGCACCUCCAGUCGCACACAUAUACCCUGCUACAUGAAGAACCUCCCUUCGUUGAGCCGGAGCACCUCGAACUCUGCGAUUCUCAUGACGCAGCCACGCAAGGAACCACCUCCUACAAAGGAACCACUCAAGGUGGCACCACCAGCUACUCCUGCUAGCAAACCCAGUGGUGUCUUGAAGAGCUCCAGUAGCUCCUGCGUUCCCUCACCUCGCUGUGCCGCCGCUUUCUUCCGUCGGCCGCAGGAAGCCAGCAAUCCACAGCAGGUGCAACAUCAACAGGCUCUGCAGAAACCCCAACAAGUGGCGCCCAUUGAGGAAGGUGAUUCCGCUUCCCUGGAAAGAAAAUCGGAGAAGAGCAACAGCACUUUGAGCACGAGCAGCUUUACGGUGACCAACUGUUGCACCACCCACCUGCCGCAGCUCUCCAAGUUUACCUCAUCGUUCCACAUUGCUCCCACCACUACAGCAACUACAGCGGCAACAGCAAUACCCUCCGCAACAGCAGCAACCACAAGCGAUCAGCAGCAGCAACAAAGUGGCGCAGCAGCAGCGAGUGCCAACUUGGAGGUGCCAACAUCGUCAUCAAAACGACAGAAAGAUGUUGACAACAAGCUAGAGAAAUGCCUGAACGACAUGCUAAAGUUGAAGAGCAACAGCAAUAGUAACAUCAACAGCAAUAAUAAUGCAAUCAUGUCGCAGUCGCUGACGGCUGGCGAGCACAAAGACCCGAAGAGCUCAGUCGAAGGCCCCACGACGAGCAGCAGCAGCAAUAUCAAGUACGCGGGUGAAUCCCAGAUCCCCGUGCCAGUUCAGCUUUACGAUCCGCAGAAGCCGUUGCUCCAACAGCAGCAGCAGCAACAAAGGAUUUGCUAUCCCAUAGGCAAAUCCAACUCUACCUCACAGUUGCCCAUGGGCGGCUAUCAGCGAUUGCUGCAACAGCAGCAGCAGCAGCAACAUCAUCAGCAGCAACAGCAACAUCAGCAGGAGCAGCAGCAAUAUCCCCAGCACAAGCGACCCUUCCUCAACUGGAAUAGUUUUGCUUGCUCCGCCAUGAAUGGAGCGAGUGAUCCCUUCAUGCAACAGCAACAUAUGCCGCAUCAACAGCAACAGCAACAUCUGCCACACAAGCUGCAACAGUCGUACUCCUCGUCGCAUGUGCCAAAGCAGGCGCCCAAAUCGGGACUGGCCAUGUUCCUCCAAAAGAACACCAACAAGGAGAACAAGUUUGGCCAGCAGCAGCAGCAGCAACAGCCGCCGGGGAUGAUGCCCCAGAUGUAUGGUUACCAGCCAUCCAAGAUUGGCUAUCCCCGCACCGGUGCCCCACUGACGCACUCGGCCUCCUUCAGCUCCGCCCAAAGGCCGACGGCCUUGCAGUUCCACCAGCAGCAGCAACAGCAGUUGCACCCCCAGCAACAGCAACAGCAGCAACAUCAGCAUUCCAACUUUGGGCUGGGCAUGAUGAGUAGGAACUACUACAACAGCCAACUACCCAAACAGCCCGAUCGCAAGCCGCUGCAGACCUUUGAUCCGUAUGCCUAUCCCAAGCCGAAUCAGAUGCAGCCGGUCAAGUACCAGCAGCAGCAACAGCAACAGCAGCUACAACAGCAACCGCAUCCGCAUACGCAGUUUCUGAAUGCUUCCGCUGGAGGUGGAGGAGGUGCCGCUGGGCUUCAAUACGAUCCAAAUACAAAUACGCAAUUGUUUUACGCGUCGCCGGCGUCAUCAUCAGCGAACAUGCAACCGCAGCAACCACAACAGCAGCAGCAACAACAUCAACAGUCGCAGCUACAACAAAGCAAUUCUGUCAUAUUCAAUCACUCAAGCCAACAGCAACAACAACAACAACCACAUCAACAGCAGCAGAAUGAAAUGUCCAAGUCCGCAUUGGGACUGCAUUUCAUCGAGACAGCAAAGCCCGUCAUUCAAGAUGAUGCUGAUGGUCACUUAAUUUACCACACCGGAGACAUUCUCCAUCACAGAUAUAAGAUCAUGGCCACACUGGGCGAGGGAACUUUCGGACGUGUGGUCAAGGUCAAAGACAUGGAGCGUGAUUAUUGCAUGGCCUUGAAGAUUAUUAAGAACGUGGAGAAGUACCGCGAAGCUGCCAAGCUGGAGAUUAAUGCCUUGGAAAAGAUUGCCCAGAAGGAUCCGCAUUGCGAUCAUUUGUGCGUGAAAAUGAUAGACUGGUUUGAUUAUCAUGGACACAUGUGUAUAGUUUUUGAAAUGUUGGGGCUAAGUGUUUUCGAUUUUUUGCGUGAGAACAACUAUGAGCCAUACUCGCUGGACCAAGUGCGCCACAUGGCCUAUCAAUUAUGCUACUCUGUGAAAUUUCUUCAUGACAAUCGUUUAACGCACACAGAUCUCAAGCCGGAGAACAUACUCUUCGUCGAUUCGGAUUAUACUGCUCACUAUAAUCAUAAGAUUAACCGCGAGGUGCGCCGCGUCAAGAACACAGACGUCCGUCUGAUCGACUUUGGGUCGGCCACCUUCGACCACGAGCACCACAGCACAAUUGUCUCGACGCGACAUUACCGCGCGCCCGAGGUCAUACUGGAGCUGGGGUGGUCACAGCCUUGCGAUGUUUGGUCCAUUGGGUGCAUCUUGUUCGAACUGUAUCUGGGUAUCACGCUCUUCCAAACGCACGACAAUCGCGAGCAUCUGGCCAUGAUGGAGCGAAUCUUGGGACAAAUACCAUAUCGCAUGGCACGCAAUCAUACUCUUUAUAGCAAAACCAAAACAAAGUACUUCUAUCAUGGUAAGUUGGAUUGGGAUGAGAAGUCCAGUGCGGGUCGCUAUGUCCGCGAUCACUGCAAGCCGUUGUUCCUGUGCCAGCUGAGCGACAGCGAGGACCACUGUGAGCUCUUCAGUCUGAUCAAGAAGAUGCUGGAGUACGAGCCCUCGUCCCGGAUUACGUUAGGUGAAGCCCUGCGUCAUCCUUUCUUCGACCGGCUGCCACCGCACCAUCGCGUGGGUGAAGUGAGCAACAAGCAGCCAUUGUCGUCGGGCAGCAGCAGCCGCGAACGGUCGCACAGUCUCUCCAGAUGAGAAUUACAACGAUUUGGUUAUUGUUGACAGCAGACAGCGCUAAUCAAGCACUCACUCAUGCAGACAUACACUCAGAGCAGUCGUCCAGCAACGUCUUGCACACCAGCCGCCUCGUAGAGUAGACACCAGCAACUUUACGGCAAACCAACUUUACAACCCCUACUUUAAGUGCUAAAGUCUUUUAUUCUAAAUUUUUUCGAACUUGACUUGUAUAGAUGUUUAUUAUACAAAAAUCCCUAAACAUUGA